UAGCAGAAUAGAUUCCGGUAUAACCGGUCCACUGAGUCGGUAUACGCGAUAUACUUAGCCUAGACUACAGCGGAGUAGUAUUACGGCUGGUGAGCUAUACAACAAUUGGCGACGAGGAUAUACUCGGAGAGUGGCGAAGAGUACGUAGCCAUAAGAAGAUCGGUACGACACUGAGGAGCACCGAUACAGUUGCGACAAGAGAUUGUCAUUGAACGAUAGGAGUUCGAACUAUCAGAGUAAACACACGACCGUAUGGCUGCUGCAAGUUAUCAUGGGCGUUUGGAGGAGUUCAGCCCAGGAAUUGACACCGUAGAAGACUAUAAAGAGAGGUUCUUCUUGUAUUGUACAGCUAACUCGAUCGAAGAUGGAGACAAACAGAAGCGGAAGUUCCUGUAAGAUACAAGGGACAGCAAGUAAAUGUAAAGUUUCAUGUGGUAAAAGUGAAGAACAAGCCCGCCAUCCUAGGAAGAGACUGGUUGAAAUAUUUUAAACUAGAUUGGAAUUCAAUCUUCACUGUACAGAAAUUUCAGACAAUAGACCCAGUGGAAACCUUUCCACAGUUGUCUGGCACUGGGGUAGGUACAUUGGUUGGAUAUCAGGCCAACAUCAUGUUGAAUACAGAUGCCAAACCAAAGUUUCAUCGACCCAGACCGAUUCCAUAUGCCUUGCAUAGUAAGGUCGAUGCUGAACUCGAACGGAUGCGGAAGGAAGGUAUUCUGAAACCAGUAGACAAGAGUGAAUGGGCAGCACCCAUCGUGGUAGUUCGAAAGGGGGAUGGAAAUGUUAGAAUAUGUGGCGACUACAAGGUCACCAUCAACCUCUAUAUUGAUUUGGAUCAAUAUCCGAUGCCGAAUCCAGAUGACUUGUUUUCGACCUUAGCAGGAGGGAAGAAAUUUUCUCGUUUGGAUCUCAAGCAAGCAUAUCAACAGAUGUUAGUAGACCCCAGAAGUCAGCAAUACCUAACCAUAAAUACACGCAAGGGCAUGUUUACGUACACAAGGAUGUCAUUUGGCAUAAGCUCAGCACCCAGUAUAUGGCAACGAGCUAUAGAUAACGUUCUAUCAGGACUGGACGGAGUCAUCUGCUACCUAGAUGAUAUUCUAAUAGUGGGCAACAGUGAUGAACAGCAUAACCAAAGGUUAUUCAAGGUCUUGGAAAGACUGAACCAAGCCGGAAUUAAGCUAAAUGGAAAAAUGUGAAUUUGGCAAGUCUAAGGUAGAAUAUUUGGGGCACGUGGUGAGUGCAGAAGGCAUAUCCCCAUCUCGGAGUAAGAUGGAAGCGAUUCAAAAUGCACCUGACCCUAGUAACGUGACUGAAUUGAAGGCUUUCUUGGGGCUUCUAAAUUAUUAUGGGAAGUUCUUACCUAAUUUGUCAUCGACAUUACAACCACUGUAUAUCUUAUUGAAGAAACAGCAACGUUGGAAGUGGUUGGAUCAACAGAGAAAGGCAUUCCGGCAGGCAAAACAAACGCUAGUGAAAUCGGACUUACUAGUACAUUAUGAUUUGGGUAAGCCCAUCAAGUUAAGUUGUGAUGCUUCACCAUAUGGAGUAGGAGAGUGUCUAAGUCAUGUCAUGGAAGAUGGCACUGAACGCCCAGUCGCAUUUGCAUCACGAACACUAGCACCCAGUCGGCGGUAUACUGUGAACUACCCUUGCCGGUGUUGCCAACAGGAGUUGAGACAAAUUCAUAGGGGUGGUAGCGUUGGCUUCUAUCCUGUCUACGGUUGGUGGAAGGAGCAGUCGGCAGCCGGUGUUAUGUAUAGUUUGUACUGCGAAGGCGGAAUACUACAUAUAUACCUACCAACUGGAUCUGUCAUAGCUUGAGAUUAUUGGAGCAACUUCACGAGAUGAGGAGUCAAGAUCGAAUCCAGAUGGAAAACGGCAAAGAUGGGCAUGCACAGGAAGUGCCACGACAGAGAACUGCAGAGGAUGCAGGGCUGCAAUUAAAAUUUUAAAUAUUUUUAAUUGUAAGUUCCUUAAGCACUAAACUCUAUUUCCAUUGCUGGUGACGCAUAACAGCAAUAGGUCACGUGACUGCCGCCACUGCAAGAUCUGGGUACACACUUAAAAUUAUUAUUGUUAUGUGACAGAGGCUAUUCUACAGAUAUGGCCUAGUGUUUGAACAGCUGUUGCAUAUACAAUGAGAUGGGCAUGGAGUGACAUAACUUUGUGUGGUAUGUUGAUGUUGCUGUUGUUUCUCAGGAUGCUACAUCAUUACAGC